AUGGUCAAGCGGCGAAAGCUGCAGCAGGGUCGGCAGGCAAAGGGAGCAGCAACCCACAAGGGAGCCAAAGGAGCCCCUAACCCGCAUGCUGCCGGACGCCGCCGGAACGGUCCGGGUCUGGGUCCGGGUCCGGGUCCGGGUCCAGGUCAAGCUGCGUUCGGAGGGCUCAAACCCAAGGGCAAAAAGCAGUCGUCUCAACACCACCAGCAGCAGCAGCACCAGGCACCUGUGAUACCGUUCUCUCCAGACGAGUCCAUAUUGCUGGUUGGCGAGGGCGACCUCAGUUUCGCCAGGUCUCUGGUCGAGCACCACGGCUGCACAGAUCUUACAGCCACCGUGUUGGAGAAAGACCUCGCAGAGCUCGUGGAGAAGUACCCCCACGUGGCCGAGAACGUCGAAGCGGUCGAGUCGUCCAGUGGUCGGAACACGGUCGUAUUUGGUGUGGAUGCACGUAAAAUGGGCCCGUUUUUCGAUACGCGACCGCCACGGGGUGAACCAGAAGACCAAGAGGACGAGAAGAACGAUGAUGGUGAGCAAAGCGAGCAGCCGCGGCAGCAGCAUAAAGAGAAGCAGCACCGCCAGCCAAAAAAGCGCAAGGCUGGCGGUCCGGCGCUCAAGGAUCGCAUCCUGUUCAACUUCCCACACGUCGGCGGCAAGAGCACCGACGUCAACCGUCAGGUGCGCUAUAACCAGGAGCUGCUGGUCGACUUCUUCAAGCGUGCCGACCGCUGCCUCUCUCCCGGCGGCUCCAUCAUCGUCACCCUGUUCGAGGGGGAGCCUUACACCCUGUGGAACAUCCGCGAUCUCGCCCGCCACUCGGGCCUGCAGGUCGAGCGCAGCUUUGCCUUCCGUGCCGACGCCUACCCGGGCUACCACCACGCCCGGACCCUGGGUGCCGUGAGGAGCAAGAGCGGCGAGCUCGGCGGCGGCUGGAAGGGCGAGGAGAGGGCCGCCCGGAGCUACAUCUUUUACCGCAAGGACGAGGUCCCCAAGCCCGUCACCAAGAAGAGGAGACACUCGGUCUCGUCGGACGAUUCAGAUGGGUGGGAAAAGGGCUCGGAUGAUGGCGCCUGA